AUGUCCGCCGCCGACUUCCCCCCGCCGUCAUCAAAUGUGAUCAACCUCGCCUACGUCGAGAUCGUCCUGUCGGCCGUAUUUCUCCCCCUCGUCGGGUUCAUUGCGUGGAAACAUGGGAAGGCGGGCAUGACCUGCUGGCAGAUUUAUAUCAUGGCCUUUGUCGCAAAACUCAUCGCGAACAUAUACCUGAUUGUCAACAAGGAGAAACCAUUAUUGCCGACCGCGGUGUCAACAAUGACAGACUCUUCUGUGAUCGCCACCAUAUCACCUGGUAUCAUCGGCAUUAUUUAUGAGGCCAACAUAAUCCUCCCCCAACAGCCCAAGAAAUGGACCGAAAAGAUAAUCCUCGGCGUUACCCACCUCGCCAACACAGGCGGCAUCGCAGUAGCGACGUACGGCGGCGCCCCGAGCGCAGCGGGCAAGGGCGGCGUGGCGAACCAGGAGCUCUCCCGGAUCGGCAACCUCCUGAUGUUCUUCGUGCUCUUCACCGUCUGCGGCUGGAUGUGGCCCACCUACAAGAAGAUCACCUACUACAGGCGCUCGGGCAACCACCCCAAUGCCCGCGCCGCCCUCGUCCUCCUCUGGGCCGGCGUCGCCGCCAUGCCCAUCUGGCUGGGGCGUCUGUCCUACAUGUGCAUCUACGCCUUCAACCGCCAGGACACCAACCUCGACCCCGUCAUGGGCUCCUUUGCCGUCAAGUUCCUGCUCUUCGGCAGGCUGUGGGGCGCCGCGUCCGCGCUCACGGCCGGUGGCUGGUUCUCGCAGACUUCGAUGCCCGCGGGUGGGUUUCUCAAAGCUCGGGAGGGCGGCCGCUUCAUGGUUGCUGAUGACGAGGCGCCGCUGAGCAGGCAGCAGUCUGGGCCGGAGGAGGUGGAGAUGCAUGGGCAUGUUACGAGGCCGAAAUUUCGAGUGGAUGGUUUUGGAUGA